AUGGGUGGGCACCAACAAAUUCAACUGGGCACUCUGAGUGGGGGAAUUAAAAUUGUGUUCAAGUGGUAUGUGAUGAAUGGUAUGCAAGAUAAAUGGGUGGGCAGUGGGAGUACUGUAGUGAUUGGUGUUACGAAGAUUGUUUCCCAUUUGGAGCUACUUUCUCUCUCUUAUGUCAACAUCUCAUCUCCGAUACCUGUCAAUAUUUCUUCUUCCUUAAGGUACCUGGAUCUUGGAUAUACUCAUCUACGAGGUGUUCUCACAGAGAGCUUUUUCCUUCCGCCAAACAGCUUGGAAACGCUCAAAUUGAGUGGUAAUGAUCUUCUCAAAGGAGUUUUUCCAAAGAUCCACCGGAGCAACACUCUGUUAAUGGAGUUGGAUAUUUCAUUCACAGGCAUCUCUGGUGAGCUGCCUCAUUUAAUUGGCAACUUGAAAUCCUUGAAUAUCUUGGACCUCGGAGGAUGUCAAUUCUCUGGUUCCAUUCCCGAUUCCAUUGGCAACCUAACACAAAUUACAGAGUUGAUUUUAUCUUAUAAUCAUUUCACUGGCCACAUUCCUGAUUCCAUAGGCAACCUAACACAAAUUACGGAGUUGGUUUUAUCUUAUAAUCAUUUCACUGGCCAUAUUCCUUCUACAAUCUCUAAAUUGAAGCACCUCACAAGUUUACAACUUUCUGACAACUCCUUUUCAGGUGAAAUUCCUGAUGUUUUCUCUAACCUCCAAGAGCUACGUACUUUACCACUUUCUUAUAACGGCUUCAUCGGUUCGUUUCCCGCUUCAAUUUUAAGUUUGACACAUCUUGAAUACUUAGGAUUGUCGAGUAAUUCCCUAUCUGGCCCACUGCCUAGCAACCAAAGCAUGCUUCAAAAGCUAACUUCUGUGGAUUUGUCAUACAACUCACUGAAUGGUACCAUACCAUCUUGGGUGUUUAGCCUACCUUUGCUAUCUUCAGUGUCGCUCCAACAUAACCAAUUCAGAGGACUAGCCGAUGAAGUGAUCAAAACAAACCCAACAUUAAGAGAACUGCAUUUAAGCAAUAAUCAACUCAGUGGUUCUUUUCCUCAAUCACUUGUGAAUCUCACAAACCUUGAAACCCUUGAAAUUUCAUCAAAUAACAUCACCAUUGAUGAGGGAAUGAAUAUCACCUUUCUUAGCCUAUCAUCUUUAUUCUUAUCAUCUUGUGAACUAAAGGAUUUUCCACACUUCUUGAGAAAUGUAAAGACACUUGUCUACUUGGAUAUUUCUAACAAUAAGAUUUGUGGUCAAAUCCCUAACUGGUUUAGCGGCAUGAGGUGGGACUCGUUGCAGUUCCUAAACCUUUCUCAUAAUUCAUUAACAGGCAACCUACCACAAUUUCGUUACUAUAACCUACAGUUUCUUGAUCUGAGAUUUAACUUCCUUCAGGGUCCACUACCUUCAUCCAUUUGUAACAUGAGGAAACUUAUCUUAUUAGAUUUAUCACACAACUACUUCAGUGGCUCAGUUCCACAUUGCUUGGGAAGCAUGGCUUUACUAACGGUGCUGGACUUAAGAAGGAACAAUUUCACAGGGAGUCUUCCCCCAUUAUGUGCACACAGCACUUCGUUGAGUACCAUUGUCAUAAAUGGUAAUCGAUUUGAAGGACCUGUUCCUGUGUCAUUGCUCAACUGUGAUAGUCUAGAAGUCUUUGAUUUGGGGAACAAUGCUAUAAAUGACACGUUUCCAUCUUGGCUCGGAAUUCUUGAAUACCUGCAGGUCCUUAUAUUAAAGUCGAACAAGUUCCAUGGACCUAUAACUACGUGUCAGACUAAGUUUUGCUUUCCCAAGUUGCGAAUUUUUGAUCUUUCUCGUAAUGAUUUCAGUGGCUCACUUCCUGCAAAAAUUUUUGGAAACUUCAAGGCAAUGAUUAAAUUAGAUGGUGAAGACACAGAAUUUAGUGGCCUAGUUUCUGCAAAAGGGAUCACGUACAUGGCACCAUAUAUAGCGAGCGAGUUAUCUGGUGCUAUUCCAAUGGAAUUGGGGCAAUUGAAUACGAUUGAAGCUUUAGAUCUCUCUUGGAAUCGGCUCACUGGAAAGAUUCCGCAGGAAUUGACAAGGAUGAACUUUUUGGCAGUUUUUAACCUCUCUCAAAAUCAUCUCAUCGGACCAAUUCCUCAUGGUCUACAAUUCAACACAUUUGAAAAUGAUUCUUAUGGUGGCAACCUUGAUUUAUGUGGUCCUCCUUUAUCAAAACAAUGUGGUACGAGUGAUUCAUCACAUGUUCCUCAACCAUUGGAGUCUGAAGAAGAUGAAGGCGAGUCAUAUUUUUUAGUGGAUUUACGUGGGAAUCAGUAG